AUGCCUUUUCAGACACUCGCGGCGACGCAUGCGCCACCAGCGAGAUUACACUUCACAAGACCGCUUUCCACAUCAGGACAGCUAUCCUCUCGCGAGAGGCUCUGGCGGCUGUUGCACGCGGCCUUGCAAUCACACAUACACUCACAGGAUCACUUGCGGCAGACUGCGUUCUGUGCAAGACCAGUGCGCUUUUCAACUGCAGCGAAAAUUUUUCACUCGCAGUCAUCUACGACAGAAAUCGCAUCAGCCGAAGUCCUAAGCCGAGGCCUGCAUUAUCUUGUCAACUCGCAGUCUUAUUGUACCGCGACCCAUUCACUCCACUUGCCAGGAACUUGUGGAGAGACUCAAAGGGUGUUUUAG